CUCGGUUCUUUGACAAAGCAUUUUUCUGACCACUUAGCAAGUUGUUUGCUGCCGUUGAAGCUGACAGUUGUGACAGUUGGGUCCUUUUUGCAAAGCGAGCAUGCCAUGUCCAACGCUUUGGCCAGUGCAACACGAGGUACUCACAAAGUUUUGGAUUCUCAUUCGGAAAACUCCUCGUUCAAGUUGACUCAGCAUCGUCUUGCAGAACUUUGGCAUCCUAUUUGCAAAGAGCUGUCUUGUGACCCCACCAGCUACAUCGACAUCUACCCGGUGUCCCACAAGCACACGUUGAAGCUGAUGCAGACGGCCAGUGCAAGCCAUGUUGGUUCUCACAUCAGGCAGAGGAUUCACUUGUACAUUAAGUUGCAGCACUUUAUUGCAGAUUAUGACAGAGAAGGAGACUUUGACUUUAUGCGACCUGAAGGGAUCCAAGAUUCCUCGGAAGAGAUCUUCUCGUCAUAUGGCCAAACGGGCCGAAGCUCUUUGUUGUCCUUCACACAGUCCUUCGACUUUGACUCCGGCGAUCGCUUGUUUGACAGGGAGAUGUUCGCCUCCUUUUUGGAGGACGCGGAGGAAGGAGAAGCUGACACGAAAUCAUCGCGCAGAAGGCGACGGCGACGGGCUCGACGGCGACGGGCUCGACGGCAGGAGAAACGACAGGCUCGGAAGGCGAAAAGAGAAGAACGAAGAAUGAUGGCCAAACGAAUAUUUGGCUGCUUGGGAAAAGCAUCGUUUUGGAAUGCGGAAGGCUACAGCAAAUCUUUUGGUAGCUAUGUCGGAUUCAGCUUCGGUCAGGCUGCUGGCGGCAGCAACAAUGCACUCAACGAUCUUGUACAAGGACGAGCUCCAAGAUUCACUUCAGCCUAUUACAGUUUCUAUGCGAGCGUUGGCGUUGGUGCGGUCUACGAAUGGUUUUGGGGCGGCCUUUCUAUAACCGGUGCCUUCACGGUCACACAAUCAUCGGCAUUGGUGGGUAUUUACAUUGGGGCCUCCGCAUGUGGUUGGACAGCGGUCGGAUCCACAACACGGCGUUGCCCUUUUGGAAAACAUCUCGGCCCUUUCAAGUGCAGUCGCGCUACAGGAUUUACGAUUUCGCUCUUCUGCUGCGGAAUUGACCUCGUGUCUGGGGAGAACUCGUGCCGAUAGGAUACCCCUACGAUAUUAGUGACCAUAUUUGCCGAUAAA